CGCCACUCAACAGCCUGAUACUUCGGAAGGCUACAUUCUGAAAGAGAACUUGACUUCAACUCGACCUCACAGAAUCAGCAACCGCGCCUGACAUACUAGCAAAGCUCUCAGGUGGUGGUCGGUCGCGGUGUCGAGGAACCAAGUUAAUUUCACAUGCGCCUUCAAGGGAACUUUCACUAUUGUCUCAUUGAUCUUCCAUCCUCAUAAUCCUUUCAGCGCUGGUCGCAUUCCCCAGUCAGGAUUACACUUUCGAUAAUCACUCUCCAGUGCUACAGGCUGUAACCUUCAACACCAGGGUUUCGCGCACAUUGUUCACAUAGCGCAACAACUAGGGCAACUAUUCUCUAAGACCUUCCCAUUCUCCUUCAGCCUUGUGUCGCGAUCCUCAUUUGAUCUUAACAAUAAGGGCAAGGAAGGAUCGGUAAUGACGACAUCGACUUAGCAGUAAACACCAGAUCGUCCGGAGUUUUGGUUGCUGUCAGCAUUAUGGACUCCCAGCCAGACCAAGGUGUUGUCGAGGACACACCAGCUGCCGGGUCCGCGACGACUGACAAGAUGGGGACUGUUGCCAACGGCGACAAUGGCGUUGAUGAUGGCAUUUCGAAAGAUGAAUCUGACGAAACUCUCCGGCAUCUUGACGCUCAGGUUCAGAAUCAGGAUGAGCUAGAAAGAAAUAUUGGGCGAGAGGCAGAUCGACUCCUCUUUACACAAGCUAAUGAGCGUGAUCAAGCCCGACUGGACAAAACCCGGGCGCAAAAGGAAAAGCUUCAAACCCAGAUCCGCAAGACUCGCGACGAAAUCAGUCGGCCUAUUGGGACUACACGGCGAGCACAACUACGGGUUGAGAUUGACCGAAUGCAAAGUCAAAUCCAAGACCUCGACAAUGAUAUUGCAGAGAUUCAAGAGAGGAUGAAAGAACGGGAGUCAAAUGUCAACUCGGCCCAGCAAGUUGAUGCGUCCGCUGCCGGCCGGUUGCCUAAUGAGACGCAACGUGACUAUUUGAUAAGAACCGGCAAGAUCACUCCUUUUUCGAGGUUCGGACUGUCAACACACGGGGAGUCAGCAACCACUUUGCAGGGCGCGCUUCUUGAUGCUGAAGAAGAGCCCGAACUGUCCGACAUGCCAGACGUUGCAGGCGGCAAGCCGAUGUCCCAUCGGGACUUGCGCCAACCAGGCUUUGCCACGGACUUCACUGAUUCGACUGCAGAGGAAGAGCUUGACUAUGAACAACCACGAAAAAGACGACGACUUGCUGCCACAAAAUCAGCGGCUGCAGACGACGACUCAUCCUAUGACGAAGGCAUGGCGGAAUCCGAUGUUCUUUCAGAGCUCGAAGACGAGGAUGAGGACAUGCCUCUAACUUCGGGAAUGCAAAAACGAUCUCGCAAAACAAAAACGAGCCAGAUUGAUGACGACGUGGAAGACUUGCGAGGACUUGAUGAUGGUAAAGAGUCGCUCUAUCUGUCGCGGGUGAAGAAAUGGGCGAUCAGGAGACGAAUGGCCCGAAUGAAAGCGGCUGGUGAGACCAACGAUGGCGACAAAGAUGAUGAGCUCCCAGACGAUCAGACUCUUGUCCAGGAAGAAAUGUACCUUCCACAUCCCAAGAUUCCGGACACUGUUUUCACACACGAUUACAAAAUCCCGGGCGAUAUCUAUCCCAGUCUGUUCGGUUAUCAAAAGACAGGAGUCCAGUGGCUGUAUGAGUUGUAUACUCAGCAGGUGGGAGGCAUCAUCGCCGAUGAAAUGGGCCUUGGGAAGACUGUUCAAAUCAUCGCUUUCUUGGCUGGCCUUCACUACAGCAAGAAGUUGCGCAAACCCAUCAUUGUAGUUUGCCCUGCGACUGUCAUGAAGCAGUGGGUGAACGAAUUUCAUCGAUGGUGGCCACCAUUUCGAGUCACGAUCCUGCAUUCUUCCGGCAGUGGCAUGAUCAAUAUUCGCAAUGAGGCAAGCAAGGAAGACAAACUGCUGGACCUCGCCUUCGAUCCAACAGUUAGAAACAAGCCGCUGACCUCAACUCAAAAAGCCGCUCAAAAGAUGAUAAGGCCCAUCCUGGAAGAAGGCGGCGUCUUGGUGACGACCUAUACUGGUCUCCAGACCUAUGCUCCUCUGCUUAUUCCCGUAGAAUGGGACUAUGCGAUCCUAGACGAGGGACACAAGAUUCGCAACCCCAAUACCGCGAUCACCAUUUACUGCAAAGAACUGCGUACUCCGAAUCGUAUCAUUCUCUCUGGCACCCCAAUGCAGAACAAUCUUAUCGAGCUCUGGUCUCUGUUCGAUUUUGUUUUCCCCAUGCGCCUGGGCACAUUGGUCAAUUUCCGCAAUCAAUUCGAAAUACCGAUUCGUCAAGGGGGUUAUGCCAAUGCAUCCAACCUGCAGGUGCAGACUGCGUUCAAGUGUGCGGAGACCCUCAAAGAGGCAAUUAGUCCAUACUUGUUGCAGCGCUUCAAGGUUGACGUCGCCUCGGAUCUUCCGAAGAAAAGUGAAAAGGUUGUAUUCUGCAACCUGACGCCAUUGCAGAGAGCUGAAUAUCAACGAUUCCUCGAUUCGAAGGAAAUGGAGGCUAUCAUAAAUGGCAGGAGACAGCCCCUUUAUGGCAUCGACAUCCUGCGGAAAAUCUGCAACCAUCCAGAUCUUGCAAAUCAUAAAUACCUGGCCCACAAGCCAGGUUACAAAUACGGUGAUCCAGCCAAGUCGGGGAAGAUGACGGUCGUGGGCGCACUUUUGAAGUCUUGGAAAGGGGAGGGCCACAAGACUCUCCUUUUCGCUCAACAUCGCAUCAUGCUCGACAUCCUGGAGAAAUUCGUCAAAUCGCUCGAUGGCUUCAAAUACCGACGUAUGGACGGCAAUACGCCUAUUCCGCUCCGGCAAAGCAUGGUGGAUGAGUUCAACACAGACCCGGAUUUGCACGUGUUCUUGUUGACCACAAAGGUCGGUGGACUGGGCAUAAACCUGACUGGAGCCGACAGAGUCAUCAUCUAUGAUCCUGACUGGAAUCCUUCCACUGAUCUUCAGGCCCGUGAAAGAGCCUGGCGCCUUGGUCAGAAGCGAGAGGUGACCAUUUGUCGCUUAAUGAUCGCUGGCACCAUUGAGGAGAAGAUUUAUCACCGUCAGAUCUUCAAGCAGUUCCUGACAAACAAGAUUUUAAAGGACCCGAAACAGAGGCAGACCUUCCACCUCAACGACCUUCACGAUCUCUUCAGCCUAGGCAAUGAAGGCGCCCCCACCGAGACUAGCAGCCUUUUCAAGGAAGCCCAAUUCAAAUACUCUGACAAGCCCACCAAGGCCCUUGAGCCGGGUGAGCUGAAAGAUGCUAAAGGCGUGACUCCCGAUACUGGCGACACCAACAUCAAGGCCCUGCCUGGGAUAUCCUCCGUGGAGCAAUAUGCCGGAGAGGUUGAAGAGGAAGCCAAAGCAAACAAAGAAGGCGGCACUAACUCGGAAGAGAGAAUGAUGGAAGCCAUCUUCUCACGAUCCGGGAUCCAUUCUGCGGUGGAGCAUGACACCAUCGUCGAUGGCUACAGAACGAGCAAGACAGUUGCCGCUGAUCCUGUUUUGAUUGAACAAGAGGCUCGAAAGGUAGCUGCAGAGGCUGCCAAGGAGUUGAAACGUGCAGGUGAGGUGGCUCGCCACGUUCCCGUAGGCACACCAACCUGGACUGGGCAAUUCGGUGUGUCUGGACGACCCCAAGAGACAACAGCGCAGAGGGCUUUCGGUUCCAGUGGCCGUUCCCGUGAAGGUGCAAUGCAGUCAUCUAAUCUGCUUGCAAACCUACAGCAGCGCCAAGCGCAAGCGUCAGGCAGUCGUGCUGCAACGCCAGGCAACUCGAGUCCUGCAAGAUCCACUGGCUCUGCCGCUUCCAACUCUAGGGCUGGUACACCGACUCUGCCCCAAGGCAAGGACUUUGGCCAGCUCAUUCGCGAUUUCCUGAUCGCUCACGGUGGCGCCGCCUACACCCAGAUGUUGAUUGAUCAUUUCAACCGCUACUGCAGAACACCCCAGGCAACGCUGGAAUUCAAGGAGACCCUGAAGCUAAUCGCCACGCUCCAAAAGGCUGGCCAAGGGAGAGGCCGCUGGGUGUUGAAGGACGAGUACAAGAAGUAGAUAGUCCAAUGUAUCACACUUCUACCCGCCAGGUCCAACGGCGACCCCGUGGCCUGAGUAUGGAGCUGCACUCUUGAUUGUGUUGUCGUCUGUUUUGAUUGUUUCUGCUUUCCAAGAGUGUUACUCGUUGUCAUCAAUUAAGCCCUGAGGCGACCAAUAUUCUGGCUCUCGACACUGAGAAUCCACCCACACAAGUGAAUCGGCAAGUAGGUCUUGUAUCGCUGUCUCGGCCCGCGCGCGUUCCCAACCCAGGUUGAGCUGAAGAAGAGAAACAGUCACAUUGCCGAGGAGUUGGAGGACUUCUAGGACAGUAGAUUGAUCGGUAUUAAGUUCCUUUGGUACGGAGCGGAUGAAGCGCCUGUUGGCGAUAGUUAGGAUCGCA